UGUCUUAGCGUGUUUUUGGUGUUUUUUUUCUUCGAUAAAUACCAAGAUUGCCUGCACGUAUCUCUUUCCUGGAAUCUGCCCAUCUUCAACCAGUCUCGGCGGCUAGCAGAUCGCACCACAAAAACUCCACCAGCCGCCAAGCUCCUCUCACUGUAUUACACAACUCAGACGUGCCCAGGUCCACUCCAUCUGCAUAGCGCUUUCUUUAAGGCCCAACACUCCAACCUCCAAGUUUCUCAAGCAAAAAUCCUCUCACUCGGCGGUAAACUACUCCCAUUUUACACCCUCAACAUCGCUUUCCUUAUAGCGUUCUGGCGGCUACCUAUUUAUCUACCUAUUCCAUUUAAGGCAUCAUUCGCUCGUUUAAACUUGCUUCGGCGGCUAAAUACGGUGGCAACCCCCAUUUCAACCCCCCAUCAUGCCCACAAUACUCACGCCGACCCGACAAGACUACAUCAACAAGCUCUUUGUCAAAAUCAUUAACCUGAGCCCCGGUGAUGAGCUCAGCGAGGAACACGCGGUGCAGAUCCUCAAUACGCUCAGCGGGCAGCUCGCACGCAUCCCGCCUGAUGACGCGAUCUUCACGCAGACGGCCGCACGGCAGGUUUUGGUGCGCAUGUUUGUUCUCAUCACCACGAUUCUCGAGCGAAAGCCAGAGCUACUUCUCAAAAAGGACAAGGUUGCAACGCUCCCCACCCCGAGACCAGGAUCCGCGCUUCCCUUUCAGGUCCUCGCAGAGUGUAUGCUUCCGUUUCUUGCCGCAUGCGACGCCGUCGCGAGCCAAUGCCGCAAACACCUACUGGCGCUCUUCGCGUUGGUCUCGCAUCACCACCCCGCGCACCGCGCACAGCUCACCGUGUAUCUUGUCGCAGAUCUCCUCGAGCAACGUCUCACGGUAUUGCUCUUGCCCGCGACGCUCGCGCGCUUGUAUGCGUUCCGUGCGGAGUUGCGCGUCACGGGCGAGUUGUUCACGUUGGUCACCGACGCGGACUUUCGCAUGCACCGUGUACCACACUUGGCGGUCCAGCCCGGAGCGCGCUGGGAGCUGCUCGGCCGCAAGCUCUGGUACUUGCUCCAGCACUUUGACGCUAACUUCACACACGUAGAUGCGCGUGGUGAACCCGCGGCCGCGGAUCAGUUCGUAGGCCGCGCGAAGGCGCGCUACCUUGCAGGCCUUGUGGCCAACUCGCUUGCGGACGCGCGCGACUACGCGCUGGUACUUGUUGGCCCCGACCCGCUUCCGUUGAUCAGUGAGAUGGUAUUCCAGGGGGUUUCGUACCCGGUCCUCCGCUCCGAAAUCAUCGUUUCGGUAUUCAAAAUACUCGCGCACGCACGCCUUCAGGACCAAGACGGUGGUGAAUCAUGCCGCGUGCGCCAGUUUGCCGCCUCCUUCAACGUGGAGCACUUUCUCGCCAUGGAAGCUUACAGUGACGGACAGGAAAUGGCCAAAAUGCUAGCCAUCAUCAGGCAUGUUUUGAAAGACUGCUUGUCCGAGUACGAGGAAUACCAAACAGAUGGAGAGGACGGAAAUAUGGAGGGUGUUGCCGCGCUUGUUUCCACGCCGUUUGGCGACGCGGAGAUUGAUUCUCAUGCCCAGGCGUUACUCCGCUUGGUAGGUCCCACGCUGGUGGCACACCAAGUUGCACAUUUGCUUGAAGACCCCAGCCUUGUAGAGGCCCUCACGCACACUGCUCUCAAAGACGUGCUCGAGGCGUGGGUCCUUCGUGCGGAGCUGGAACUCGGUGAAGCCUCCCAACUCGGUCUCGUUCGCGCAAUCGGCAACUUCCUGUGCUUGUACUCAGAAAACUAUGAUCUCGUCCGCAGGCUCUGCGUGCGCUGCGAAGAGGGAAACCCGAACAGGCUCGCAAUGGACACCGCAAUUGACACGGCGAUGCGGGUCCUCCUGGAGAUUAUAAAAACGGCCGAGCACGACCCCGUUAUGACUGCCGCAGUGCUUUUAACGCUCACAAAGCUCUUUACCGCGUAUACCCCGGCCGUGUCGAUCUCUGCGAUAUCCCCCCCUAUCCAGCCCGCCAAAGCCUCUACCCAAGCCGCGAAUGCCUCAACCGAUGCUUCGACUUUGGCUGUUGCUUCGACGCUUUACCGGUACGUUUUCUCCGCGCUCACGUCACCCGUGCGCGAGGCGCGCGUUCUCGCAGCGCACCUCGUACCACUUCUUCUUGCAGGCGUGGACGACAACGCAGACUUGCGCGCGCUCAGCGAUGUUCUAGGAAGUAUUACGUACCGCGAUCAGCCGCAUCUCGCGGAGGUCAUCAUCAUGACGUGGGGUGGCGUCGCGGCGAGCGUAGACGGCGACGGGCUCCUCCUCGCGCUCUGCAUGCUCGUGGACUUUAUGGGCUCCUCGAACCCGUACCACCAAACGAUGGCGUUCCACCAGUUGCGCGCGGUGAGUCUCCACCGUGGCAAGAAGGCGCCGUAUCAGCUUCUUUCACCGUUCUGGCCGGUGAUCAGUUUUAUGGUGGUCAAGACGAUGCACCAGGGGUCGCGCGUGUUGCUCGAGCGCGUCAGCGAGCUCGUGGCACUCUCGCCACGGCUGCUCCUCCAACGCACCGCACCGUACACUGUCGCGCAUGCGUUGACCAUGUACAAAUGCGACGUCCUCCAGGAGAUUGCGCUGGCGUGCGACAAGAGCAAGUUCCAACUCACGUGGGAGUGGAAGGACCGCUGUCUCGCGAAGCUCCUCAUGGACUGGGAUGCGGUUGAUGAGCACCGCAUUAUGACGGUGUUACGCAACGCGUGUCCUGAGUACACGGCGGAGUUUGAGGCUGGCGGUAACAAGCUCGAUUGUAUGAUCACCGUGAACACCGCUGUCUGGGAGGUGUUGAAGUUCUACGCGGAUAACGAUCCUGAAGAUGCCUCUGAUGCGUUGUCCGGAAAGGUGGUGCAGCGGAUCCGCACAGCCUUGACGUUUCUCGCGGGGAAGUACGGCACGUACCACGGUUCGGACUCGCUCCUCCUGUUCUUCCGCACGAACAUUUUGGGUGUGGUGCAGAACUUUUCCGAGGCAAUCAACGACACCAAGGGCACCCAGCCCAUGCUAGAGAAGGAGCGCGCGUUAUGUGCAAUCGAGUGCAUGGUGCAGCUCUGUGGCGACGCGGUGGUGCCGGCGUUGCCGCAGAUCAACACGUGUCUCCAGGCAAGUAUGGAAGUGCCACGCUUAACCAUUCGCGCGCUCCAGUGCUGGACUGCCCUUGUGCGCACGUUGAAGGACAAGGACCUCACAUCGUUGGUGCACAGCAUUCUUGGAAUCGUACUUGAGAAGUGGGAUGGGUUCGCGCGCGAGUGCCGGCGCGAGGCCACGGGCGUGCUCAGGCUCAUCUUUGCGCGCGAACACUUAGUGCAGCGCGGCGGCUUCCUCAGCUACAUGUUCACAUUGGCGAGCUUCCCCGACCUCAUCGAUGUCUACGGCAAGCAGAACCUCCUCUUGAAGCAGAAGCAGAACAAGUUGUCGGCGGCGUACGACCUACUCGAAGACAUCUGCAAGCGCGCGGGCAAUGACAACGCGUACGUGGUCUCGCUCGCACUCAAAGACCUCUUCAACUACUUGCGGCAGUACCAGCUCGAGUUCCACGACAUCUACUUGCGUAAGAAGACGUUCCGCCACAAGCUCGUGCCGAGCUUGGUCAGUACGUUGCUCGCAGUCGCCGACCGGUACAAGACCGCCCACGGCGACCUCGCGACGCGCGCGGCCGAGUGCUUGGGCCAGAUCGGCUUCUUGGACCCCACGCGCUUUGAGGCGCCCGAGUCCGCCGCACGAAGCCAGUUGAUCAUUGUCGAGGACUUUGCCGAUAAGAAUGAGUUGACGUACUUCCUCCUCCGAUUUGUCAACGACGUACUCGUAAAACGCUUCUGGGCCGCAUCAGAGCCGCACACGCAGUUAUUUCUCGCGUAUGCGAUGCAGGAGUACCUCAAGCGCAUGGGACUCGAUGACGCCGCGGUCGCCGCGGUCGCCGGCGCCAAGAAGGAGAGCGAGGCCGCGGGCAGUGGGAUGGUGUGGCGCAUCUGGAACACCUUCGACGACACCGCGCAGUCCAUCCUCACGCCGUUGUUGAGCUCGCGCUACACCAUCAAGAAGAGCGCGCACGAGUUGGGCUCGUAUCCGUUUUUCAGUGUGGGCGAGCGCCAUGCCACGUGGCUCCGCGCGUUCACGCUCGACAUGCUCCGCCGCGGCGAUCCCGCCCACACCGACGACUCCAACGCACAGCACAUCUUCUUCGUGUGCACAUUUCUCGUCAAGGACACGGACCUUACCGUGUGCCGCCACAUCUUACCCUACGCGGUAUUGCACAUGGUGGUGACAGGCGACGCGGCGACGCGGGCGAAUAUCCGCGCGGAGUUGGUGCUUAUUCUCCAAACAGACCUCGCCGCGUUGCACCACCACAGUGACAUUGACAAUAUGAAGUCGUUUCUUGAGACGGUAUUUGCGAUCAUGGACUACUUGAAGAAGUGGGUGGCCGAGGCGAACCGGUACUUAAAGCGCGGGAAGCUGGUGGACCGCGCCAAGAUCCGGGUCGUGGAGGAGCUUGUGGAUAGUAUUCCAAAAGACUUGCUCGCCAAACGGUCCGCGCAGGCGGGGUCGUUUGAACGCGCAAUUCUCUACCUUGAGCAGUGCUGGGCGAGCCUCCCGGCCCUCGAUGGAAAGACCGACGAGGCCCUGGAGCACCUCCAGAGCGAAAGCGUGGCGGGACUCAACCUUGUGCAGACGCUCCAGUCCAUGUAUGCGAGCAUCGACGACGUGGACGCGCUCAAUGGGGUUCUCACGAGCUUCACGACCCAAACGCUCGACGACAAGCUCUUGCAGUUCAAGUACAACGAUAACUGGAAGAUGGCACAGGAGUCAUACGAAGCGCUCGCACACGACGCCGACACGGCCAAGAGCUUUGAGAAUAGCUCGCGGCUUCUUGAGUCGUUCAACAAGCACGCCCUCUACAACCGUACGUUGUCCAGCUUGGACAACCGGCUCACAGCCCUCGCAGACGAUGCGUUUCCGCGCGCGUGGGUCAACUACGGUCUCGAGGCGGCAUUGCACUCAGGCGAGGAGCCGACACUCCGCAAGUGGGCGUUUGUAGCGGACUCCGUGGCGCCGCUCCGCGACCCACUCUCGCUCACGAUGUACAACGUGGCACAGGCGUUGGUGGCGCUCGGCACGGGCGAUGUGGCUGCCCUGCGCCUGCACCUCCGUGCGGGCUACCGCAGCGCGGGGGCGGGAUUGUCACGCGCGAAGGACGUUUCCGCGUUGGCCAACAAGCCGUUCUUCACGCUCCUCCAUGCGAUCCACGACAUUGAUGAACUCGUUCUGACGACACACGCGAAGUUUGACAACUCGCGGCGGAGCCUCAGCGCGCGCCUUGCAAACGUGGGCGAUGACUUCAGUACGAACUGGCAGCUCCUAUCGAUGCGCAAGGUUACGGAGUUGCUCGCGAAGCGCGCGUAUGUGGACGCAGACGUCGCUGAUAUCUGGCUCACGAUGGCGCGUGUGUCGCGCAAGCACGCACGCUUCGACCUCUCCACCAAGGCACUCAUGAACGCCAUGGUGGUCAAGCACCCGAAGACCGACUUGGAGAACGCCGAAAUGCUUUGGGCGCAGGGCGACCACCCCAAGGCACUCAAGUUGAUUGAGACGCUCCGCGGUGACACUAACGGUGCCGCCCGCGAUCGUGCGGCCGUGCAGUUGAUGUACACCCAGUGGCUCGACGUGUCGUCCAGCAGUAACACCACAACUAUCGUGCAAGAGUUUGCGCGUGCGAUUGAGCUCGACAACGUGUGGGAGGAGUCGUACUUUCACCUCGCCAAAUACUGCAACAAGGUGUUGGAUGCGACACGGGCGUUGCCGGUGGAGCGCACUGCGCGCGAAGACUUCAGCGGCGAGUUUGAGAAGAAGGUGGUGCACAAUUACGGGCGUGCGAUCCUGUGCGGGCCCAAGUACUUGUACGAGGCGCUUCCGAAGUUGGUGACGAUCUGGUUGGACUUUGCGGCGGCGUUUCGCGACGUUCCCAAGACGUUUGAGCGUCAGCGCAAGGAGAUUGCGGACAAACGUGGAGCGAGCCUUUACAGUAUUCUCCAGGACAUUAGCGCGAUCCUCGCGCGCGUGCCGGCGUUCUACUGGUACACGGUGUUCCCACAGAUCCUCUCGCGGAUCUGCCAUCCGUCCGAGGAGACACGCAACUUGUUGGUGAAGAUCGCGGCAACGGUCGCGAGCGAGUAUCCCAAGCACGCGCUCUGGUCGAUCCUUGCGCAGGCCAAGUCGGUGCUGAACGACCGGCUGGAGCGCGGGCGCGAGGUGUUGAAUGCGGUCGCACGCGCAACGCCCGCAAAGAGCCUCGCGCAUGCGAAACAGCUCUUCGACCUGCUCUUUGCGGUUACGGACCUCGUGUUGCCCAAGGAAGCGCGCAAGUGCUCCUUGCGUGAUGCGGGCUUCCCACACGCAUUGCUUCCGUGCGCAGAGUUGGUGGCGCCGUUGAAGCAAAACUUCACGGUGACGCUUCCCGCGUCGCCCGCGGCGGUGAAGAACCACACACCAUUCCCACAGACGUCGACCGUGACGUUCGCGCGCGUUGAGGACCAGGCGGACGUGAUCACGUCGCUCCAGCGGCCUAAACGGCUCUUCUACACGGGCUCUGACGGCCGCCGCUACAGCAUGUUGUGCAAGAAGGACGAUGUACGCAAGGACUCCAAGUUCAUGGACUUGACAGUGGUGCUCAACCGGAUGUUGACGGCGAACUACGAGUGCGCGAAGCGCAAGUUAGAGAUCGAGACCUACGCGGUAGUGUCGCUCAACGAGGACCAUGGCAUCAUCGAAUGGGUGGACAACGUGAAGCCGCUCCGUACGCUCAUCGCGGACAAGCUCAAGUCGCUCGGGCACGCGUACAACUACGGUAAGAUCGGCAAGAUGCUCGCGGCGCUGUUGCCGUUCGCGGAACGGCGUGUGCACUUUGUGGAGAUUAUCGCCGAAUACCCCGUGGUGCUCCCGCACUGGUUCUGGGAGCAGUUCCUGGACCCCGUCGCGUGGUACCGCGCCCGCAGCCGCUAUGCGCGCUCGUGCGCAGUCAUGUCGAUGGUGUGCUACGUGCUCGGCAUCGGCGACCGCCACGGCGAGAAUUUGCUCUUCCGCCACACAGGCGCACUCAUGCACGUGGACUUUGACUGCAUCUUUGAGAAGGGCCUCACAUUGGCGGUGCCAGAGGUGGUGCCAUUCCGGUUGACGGCCAACAUGGUGGCCGCCCUCGGCAUCAGCGGUGUAGAGGGCACGUUUCGGCGCCUGGCGGAGUUGGCGAUGCUGUUGAUCCGCGAGAAUGAGACCACGUUGAUGAACCACUUGGAGAGUUUUAUAUACGAUCCGAUCAUGGACUGGACGCGUAAGGGAAAGGGCAAGAACACCCCGGACCAAGCCAUGCGUACCAUUAGACGGAAAAUCAGAGGGGUGCUUGACAGAGAGGGUCUCCCGAUGAGCGUUCAGGGCCAGGUGGAGCAUAUUGUGCAGGAGGCCACGUCGGUGGACAAGUUGUGCAAUAUGUAUCAUGGGUGGAUGCCAUAUAUGUAGUGGGUGCAGAUGCAAGUGCGUAGCACGAGCCUGAACCACAAAUGAAGCGACUGCGAAGUGAGUGGAUAGGAAAAGCCGCUAGAAUGGUAGAUAUGAAGCCAGGGCAAUCCUCAAUACUA